UUCUCAAUUAUGACACAGACUUGUUGCAUUUUAGAUUAGAAUCUCGUAAUGUUUGCUAGUUUACCAGAUAAAUAAAGAAAAGUAUAACAUUUUUGUACAUAACCUUUGGACUUAUCAUGCCGCUUUCUUUAUUUAGUAUUCCCACUAUCGUGUUGCUUUUGUCGGUUUUUGUUUCAUAUUAUUGUAUCAUUUAUUAUAAUAAGGCAGUACCAAUGGCCAAUAAUGGAAUACUUUUCAUUUCAAAUGCUGCGAAGGCUCAUAAACUUUGCUCGAAAAUAUCAAAGUGUGUGAAAAAUGUUUUAUAUAUUAAUUUUAAUAGUGGACCAGAAAGCACACUGUCAAUUGUAAAUAAACAAAUUAUUGAUAUAUAUUCUAAGGUACCAAAAAAUAUGAAGAUAGAUAUAAGACUGAUGUUGAAACCAAGGGAGACUGGAAAUAAAAUCACAACCAAUAACGCAAUAGAGUUGAUAAUGUAUGACAAAGAUUUAGCAAAUGAAGUUGAUAAUUUGAAGUUUUCACUAACAAAUAUAAGAGAAAAUGUAGAUAUUGAAAGUGUAGAAAAUGAAGAAAACGCAUGCGAAGAUGUGAAGGAAGAUGUCAAGGUAUAUGAUUAUGUGGCACUCGGAGGAACGUUCGAUCGUUUGCACAACGGUCAUAAGAUUUUGUUGUCUCAGGCUGUGUUGCGAGCUAAAAAACAUGUCACAGUCGGUGUCACCGACCUCGAUAUGAUACAAUCUAAGAAAUUAUGGGAGUUAAUUCAACCGAUCGAGAUAAGAAUUAAGGCGGUGUUAGACUUCCUGACUGAUAUAAAUCCCGACUUAGAAUACAAUGUUCUGCCAAUCCAAGAUGUGUAUGGACCGACCAAAGAUGACCCUCAUUUUCAGUUAUUAGUGGUCAGUGAAGAGACGAGUCGAGGUGCGAUCAAAGUUAAUGAGAAACGGAAAGAAAAUGGACUAAAUCCUCUGGAUGUGUAUACUAUUGGACUCGCUGAAGACACAAACCAGCAAUCAUAUGAGGAAGAGGCCAAGCUGAGUUCGAGUAAUCAAAGGAUGAGGUUGCUGGGAACCAUUCUAAGAGAACCUCGGCCCAACCCCAAUAUACCGAAGCACCCAUAUGUGAUUGGUCUAGCUGGUGGCAUAGCCAGUGGAAAGAGCAGUAUCACGGAGAAGUUAAAACUGAAAGGCGCAGCCAUAUUGAAUUGCGACGUCAUAGCUCAUGAACUAUACAAGCCUGGGCUGCCAUUGAAUCAUACCAUCGCUGAGAGUUUCGGAAGUGACGUCAUUACUGAUGGGGGGGAGGUGGACAGGCGGAAACUGGGAGCUAUUGUGUUCAGUGAUAAGAGUCAAUUACAGCGACUGAACUCAUUAGUAUGGCCGGCUGUCAUCCAAGAAGCGCAAAAAAGGAUCAAGGCGUUAGGAGAAGCUGGUAGUUCAGUUGUGGUGAUGGAAGCCGCUGUGAUGGUGCAAGCCGGGUGGUACAAGUACUGCCAUCAGCUCUGGACGGUCAUCAUACCACCGGAGGAGGCGGUAAAAAGACUGCAGGCUCGCAAUAACCUAUCAGAAGUGGAGGCGAAACAGCGCGUGAGUGCCCAACCUUCGAACCAGGAGCAAGUGGCUCUGGCCAAUGUGGUGUUCAGUCCAUACUGGAGCUACGAACACACCCAGGGCCAGGUGGACCGCGCAUGGGAAAACCUGCAGAUAUAUUUACAAUGAUUAAUUUAUGAUUCCGGAAUACCUUGUAUGUACAAUAUAUAUAAUGUUAUAAGUUUUGGAUUGAAAAUAUAUUGGAAAGUAUAGGUAUUGUCAUAGUUUGAAAAAGUAAAUAAGUCAAUGUACUAUCAUGCCAAAAAAUCUUUAACUUACUACAGUUUACCUCAAAUUUAAGAAUAUUUAUCGAAUUGAUUUAACCUUUAGUAGUCACCAUUCAUGUCACCAGCAUUAUCAUGACCAACCAGUGGUAACUUCUAGUCAGAGGACUAUUUACCUGUUCUAUUUACUUUGACCUUCUGAUUGUGACGCUUAACUCUACUCUAAAGUUGUGUCUCUGGUUUCCAUUGCUGAAUAAUGCUGUCUGGUCUCGCUGAUACUCCAGUCACAUUUUUCCUCCGCCACUCUCAGUUGCAGAAUUGGUAGUUGUACCUGUUUUAAACAACCUUCAUAAUAAUUGUUAUUAAGAGAACGGAAAUGUUGGUAAUGGCUGGUUAUUUUAACAAAGCACAGAACAGUCAAUUAUGUUUAACUUUUAGAGAACAAACACUAAAUCAGGCACCAAUUUCAUAUAUUAUUGAUUAUCUGAGUAUAGAAUAUGUGUUGACUACCGAUGCAGACGGUUUAUGAAGAAAGCUUUUGCUAUGUCAUGUCUUCAAGAGCUUCGAAAGAAAGAGCUAAAAUUUUUUCCUUCUCCGAGCAAUAAGUGCCUGUGUUAAUAUAAUGUGCCUACAUAUUAUUGUUCAGCGAUUCUGUUUCAAACCUGGACUCAUUGCUAGUUGUGGGUUAGUGUUCAGGGAAAAUUAGAAAAGUAGGAGAUAGUAUGAUGAUGACGGUCCAGGCUUGUGUAAUCUAUUCAAAAGGUCAGUGGAUGGACAACCUCGCAGCUUGACCUAGUAAAUUGUGCCUUGGAUACAGCCUUCGCACAAACCUCCUCGGUGUGAAAUGAAAUAAUAUACAAAAUAUAAGAAAUUUAAAUAAUAAAUAUACAUUACAACGUGUUUAAAGCUUCAGCGGUGAUGUAGAAUAAGACUUAAUCAUAAGUGUAUUGUGUGAUAUUGUUAUUAUGGUAGAUUAAAAAUGUUGUUUGCAAUGCAUUAUUUUUCUGCAUUAAGAUUUAUUUUUAAAACAUUCUAUUUAAUACCGAACUUCAAUUGUUAACGAUUUCUUGCACCGACAGCGUUUCGUUGAGAUUCGUUGAAACUUGAAACUAAUGUUUCAGAUGGGACAAUUGUCCAAUUAAUGGCAUUUAACAAGAAAGACAAUAAUAUGAAUGAGUGUGAAUGAAACAUAGCAUAAAAAUAUAAACAACAGCCUGAUUAAACCCUCGAUUUUCUUAAAGUUUUUUUUUACUUCGUUAUAACUUUAAAACAGGUCAAGUUUAUUGUUCCCUUCCUUGUUAUGAAAUGUCAUCAAGGACACCAAGUAAAAGUGUCACAAGUUUAUAAAAAAAUUCAAGUCAUAUUUCUACUAUUAAAUAACAAAAAUCAAAGCAUUGUUGAAUUAUUAUUAUAAAACUUAUACUUAGACGUUAUGUUGAAAAUAUAUUUCUUAUUUUUGAAAAUAAAAUAUGUUCAAUCA